AUGCUCGUCAACCAGCCAUGUCUGCGAUGCGUGCAAGCCGGUGUCGCUUGUGUGUACGAGCCCAUUAAGAAGAGGAAAAGGAGAACGUCCACAAAAUCAGCAAUGUUCUCGGAGUCCAACGCCUCCGACGACUCAAGUAGUCCGACGGCUACCACUGACCUCCAAACCAGCCCCGACACGAGCGUCCUCACGCCGCCUGACGUCGCACAAUCCAAUGCCAGUGUGCUUUCAAUGUCGCCGAUAUCUACGGAUAACUGUUUUUCUGCAUCCAUAGACUCGAUACUUCCUUUAUGCGAGGACUUGGACGGCUCGUAUGAGUACGAAAUGGGUUACGAGGAUUCCGGAACUCUUGGAGAAGGUUUCACGACAAUCACGGAAAUUGGAUCAUGCCAGAAGAUGGCCGAUACCGACUUCCAACUCCCGCUAGCCAACAUGGAUGGCAGUGUCCACUCAACUGACGAAUCCUUCUUCUCAGCAAGCCUAGACAUGUCGUGGAACGAGCCCUCGUGGUCGACAGCGUCCUCUCCGCUUUUGAGCAUGCUGCCCCCUUCCUUUCCUAGCGCUCCUGACUGCCCUGAAGACACAGGCUUGCUAGAUCACUACUCUAAGGUUAUGUUGCCGAUGAUGGGCUUCAGAGAAGGGGUCAGCAAUCCUUACGAGCAGCACAUCAUUCCUCUUUCGCAUAGGAGCUCUGCCGUCCGAAGCGCCAUCUACGCCUUGGCCAGCGCGCAUCGAGAAUACGCUGGCUUAGAAAACACCGAAGGAUCGGCUUGUUUCCACGAGCGAGCUGUUGCAGGCUUGUCGGCAAUCAUUGAAGAAGGCGAUGGCUUCGAGGAGGCGCUCGCGACAAUUGUAUUGCUUUUGCAGUACGACUUGCUUAUGCAACGAAGUCUGUCAAUCAUCACAAACAAUCACCUUCAGGGGGCAUGGCACAUCAUUAGUGCCAUGCCGUCGCCGAAGAGUGCCAGUGUUGAGUUCUUCGAACAGGUUUUCCGAUAUUUCGACGUACUCAACGCUCUCACCAAUGGCUCGACCCCAGUGUUUGCCGCACCUAAAGCCAAUCGAGCAUAUUCACCAGGGAGCUCUCCACCCCCCUUUACCUUUAGCGGAGUCGACCCCGUCUUGGGUAUGGCCGAAGACCUUUGGCCAACGCUGCAUCGCUUGGGGGAAUUGACUACCAUGAAGCGGGAACUUCAGAGUGCCAUGGCCACAGGCCAGGCAUCGAAGUUUGCUGUCCUUCGGACCGAGUAUCAGACCACUUACAAGGCCAUUGAAUACGCUCUGGAGUCAUGGAAGCCUACUCUACCUCCAGGCUUUAAUCUUGUCAACCGGGUUGUUGAUGGGCCUGCAGAUGCAUCCGAGACGGAACUCGCCAACGUUAGAUGGACCACCAGCACAGCGCUUGCAUACAGGCAGAGCGCGCUGGUCUACCUGUACAGCACCAUCUCCGAAUACCCAUCAUCGCAUGAUCUAGUGCAGAAGCACGCACAAGCGGCCCUGUGGCAUUGCGCGGCAUCUGUUUCUCACGGUGGAGCCGGGCUCACCAUGCUGUGGCCACUUUUCUUCUCUGCAUGCCAUGCGGUCUGCAGCCGGGACCGCGGCUUAGUGCGCCAAGCUUUCACAGCGUUUGGUACUAAGAGGGGGACAGUCAACACAGAGAAGCCAUGGGCUGUUGUCCAGGAAGUGUGGCGAAAGAUGGACAUGCGGGCCUAUGGCAAGGAGCAGGUGGGCACUGAGGCCUGCCCAGGCUUGUGGAAGCAAGUUGCUGCGGACAUGAAAAUCGGCAUCGUCUUUGGCUGA